CCUGCAUUGAGGUGAUUCACAGAAAGUCUUCUGUUUCUAAUGCAGAGUCUGCUGUGAUGGGGGAGAGAGGGCUGCUCAUCCUUCUGCUUGCAGGGUUUUGUGUGCCCACAUCCAACCAGAUCAUUAAACACGUGUUUGUGAAAACUGUGAAGAGCUGGUCUGAAGCUCAGAGCUACUGUAGUGAGAAUCACACAGAGCUGGCCACUGUGCACAGCCAGGAAGAAGCACAGCAGCUCUUAGAUAUUGCAGGAGCUUCUCUGAGUGAUUCUGCCUGGAUCGGGCUGUAUCGUGAUGACACACAGAACUGGCAGUGGUCUAACAGCGAUGAUGUCAUCUACUCCAACUGGAGGGCAGACCUUUUCUGUGCUUCAGUCAAUUCAGAGGGAAAGUGGAUUGAUUUACCCUGCCACCUUCAGAACGCUUUCAUGUGCUACCAAGAGACCAGCAACAUCACUGAGAGAUACACCCUGAUUGAAGUUCUGAAAACCUGGACUGAAGCUCAGCAGUACUGUAGAGAACACCACACCGACCUCGUCAGUAUAAAGGACGCCAGUGAAAAUGAAGACCUAGUGAAGAAAGCGCAGGGCACGCCCUUCUGGAUAGGCCUGUUCAAUGAGCCCUGGAAGUGGUCACACCAGGGGGAUAGCUACACAUUUCAAACUUGGGCCAGUGGGGACCCAGACAACCGAGGAGGCAAUGAGAACUGUGUGGUGAUGGGUAGGACUGGUGGAUGGUGUGAUACUGCCUGCAACUCUCAGUACCCCUUCUUCUGCUGUGUGGGCGGCUCCUCUGGUCAGUGUUUCUAUGAAGGAACUGAGAAGGCAUGGCUGGAAGCUCAGAGCUACUGCAGAAACCAAGGCAGAGACCUGCCCACCAUACAAGACCAGGUCAGGGUUAAUACGCUGAAAGGUCUUAUACUUACAACUAGCAAGAACCAUUUCUGGAUCGGGCUGUACCAUGACAAAGAUAACUGGCAUUGGUCCAAUGGAGAUGACGUCAUCUACUCUAACUGGGAACCAUACCUCUUCUGUGCUUCAGUCAAUUCUGAUGGAGAGUGGGAGGAUUCAGUCUGCAGUGAGAAGAAAGCUUUCAUCUGCUACAAUGAGACCAGCACCAUCACUGAGAGAUACACCCUCAUUCAAGAACUGAAAACCUGGACUGAAGCUCAGCAGUACUGUAGAGAAAACCACGCCGACCUCGUCAGUAUAAAGAACGCCAGUGAAAAUGAAGACCUAGUGAAGAAAGCGCAGGGCACGCCCUUCUGGAUAGGCCUGUUCAAUGAGCCCUGGAAGUGGUCACACCAGGGGGAUAGCUUCACAUUUCACUACUGGAACACUGGGCAACCAGACAAUGCGGGAGGCAAUCAGAAAUGUGUGAGGAUGUACAAGAGUGGCACAUGGGAUGACAAAGACUGCAACUCUCAGUACCCCUUCUUCUGCUAUGAUGAUGCAACCCCCUCAGACCCUCCUUCAACACGGCUCUCUGAAGAUCUAACCCCCUCAGACCCUCCUUCAACACGGCUCUCUGAAGAUGGAGGAGAACAAUCCCAGCAGCUUUCCACGAUGGACGGCACCUCUCCUCGAGCCAGCUCCCCUUCACACUCCAGCUCCUGGCUCCCUGGCACUUCACCUGCAGGAACAGGUGGGCACCGUGCCAUAGGAAUGGUCUGGCCGGAGGCUUGGCGGUACUGCAAGGAUCACUACACUGACCUAGUGAACCUCACAAGCCUGGCUGCACAGAACAGAGUGUCGGAGCUCGUCAGGAACAGCACUGCGUCGCAAUUCUGGAUCGGCCUGCACAGAAGCAUUGUGUAUGAUAACUGGUACUGGGUGGCUGGUGAGGAUAACAAGGGGCCUGUAAACUACACUAACUGGGCCCCUGGGGAGCCCAACAAUCCUUACUAUGAGCACUGUGGGGAGAUGGUGCUGAAGGAGGAUGGGGGGGCUGAGUGGAAUGAUCUGUGCUGUUAUGAAAAGCUCCCCUUUAUCUGUUUCAAAGAUUAA